GGUUUGGAUAUCUCCUAAUUGAGGAGAGUCAAAAUACUGAUUGCAAGUGAACCCUCCUCAGUCAGCCAGUUGGAAGUCUCUGAGAACAUAAGAAGUCAUGGCAGAAAAUGACGCAAUGCCAACCUUACCAAAAAAGUGUGGCCCAUACAUUUCAUCUGUAACCAGUCGUGGCAUGAAUUUGGUAAUUCGUGGCAUAGUGCUGUUUUUUAUUGGCGUAUUUCUUGCAUUAGUAUUAAACUUGCUUCAGAUCCAGAGGAACGUUACUCUCUUCCCCCCUGAUGUGAUCACAAGCAUCUUCUCCUCAGCUUGGUGGGUACCACCUUGCUGUGGCACAGCAUCAGCUGUGAUUGGGUUAUUGUACCCAUGCAUGGACAGACAUCUGGGAGAGCCACAUAAAUUUAAGAGAGAAUGGUCCAGUGUAAUGCGAUGUGUAGCAGUCUUUGUGGGAAUAAAUCAUGCCAGCGCUAAAGUGGAUUUUGCCAACAAUAUUCAGUUGUCUCUUACGUUAGCAGCCCUGUCAAUUGGACUGUGGUGGACAUUUGACAGAUCACGAAGUGGCUUUGGGCUUGGCGUGGGAAUUGCUUUCUUGGCCACGUUGGUGUCACAACUUCUGGUCUACAAUGGAGUUUAUCAAUACACAUCUCCAGAUUUCCUUUAUGUUCGUUCCUGGUUGCCAUGUAUAUUUUUUGCUGGUGGAAUAACUAUGGGCAAUAUCGGCAGGCAGCUGGCAAUGUAUGAAUGCAAAGUCAUUGCAGAGAAGUCUCACGAGGACUGAGGAGAAACAAUGUGCACCUUUUAAACAGGAAAAUGUCUGACAUGACUGUCUGAGGAGCAUAAGGAACACUUGACUAUGAAAUUGCCAAAAUGCAAUUUUUUUUUCCCUUGAGUGGUAUACUUUACUGCAAUCUGUGAUUGCUGCUUCUAUAGAAACCUUGAUGUCUGAUUUUGAUUACUGUGAAGUUACAAUAGUAUGCAAUACAUUUGACAAUAUUGGUUCAAUUAUAGGAUGCAUUCUUCCAAAUCUAAACUGAGUUUACCAUGAAUACUUGUCUGUCCAUAAUGUUGCAGUGCCAAACUGAACCUUUGCACUACCUUUCUGUAGCUGAAACUUCUGCUUCACUUUAUCUUGAAAGUUUUGAGGAAUUUAUUAAUAGCUCAGUGAAAGACAGGGAAUGCCAGUUUACGAAUGAAGGUGUUCGCGUUCUGUGAUGAUAGCCCGUAAUAUCUUUAUGAAAUUAAUGGAUUACAGGUGAGCCUUGAUGCAAUAAGUAACUGCUGCCUAUUAA